CCGUCUUUCUGCACCACCAUCUUCAUCAACAUACUCAUCACACCCACCACAGACAUUGGCAUCUUGUCAAGAUUCAAGAUGAAGAGCACUCGAGCAGCUCGCAGCUGGAAAGGCCCGCUCAUACAAUUAUCGACACAGCAGCGUGCUGGCAUCUCGCGCUAUACCUUGCCCGUAUUCAAGAAUGAGCCCGUCAAAUCAUUCGCCAAAGGCUCGCCCGAGCGAGAAGAUCUCACGCGUACACUGCAGCAGAUGAAGCAGAAGCUGCCUCAAAAGAUUCCCAUUACCGUCUCCGGUAAAGUCAUCAACUCCACAACUGAGAGCAUACAGCUCAACCCGUGUCGACAUGCGGAAAAAGUGGCCGAAUAUGCUUCGGCGUCCGAGCAAGAUACCAACGCCGCCAUCGAUGCCGCGCUGGCAGCCAAGCCUGCGUGGGAGGCUCUUCCCUUUGAAGAUCGAGCGGCAGUCUUUCUGCGUGCCGCAGAGCUGAUCAGUGGGAAAUAUCGCUCGGAGAUUUUGGCUGCGACGAUGCUCGGGAUGGGAAAGAACAUCAGGCAAGCGGAAGUGGACGCAUCGACCGAGACGAUCGACUUUUUGAGGCAAUAUGUCAAGGAGGCGGAGAAGUUGUUUGAACAGCAACCACCUGUGAAUUUGGAUGGGACGUGGAAUCGGAAUGAGUUUCGGCCAUUGGAAGGUUUUGUCUAUGCCAUCAGUCCUUUCAACUUCACGGCACUGGCUGCAACUCUCGUAGGGCCGCCUGCACUGCUGGGCAAUGUGGUGAUUUGGAAACCUUCUGAUUCGGCUCUGCAUGCCAGUUGGGUGCUCUAUCAAAUCUUGCUGGAAGCCGGUCUACCCAAGGAUGUCAUCCAAUUCUUGCCCGGAAACCCCGAACUCAUCACCGACACCGUACUGAAGAGACCCGAGUUCGCCGGGCUUGCCUUUAUUGGAUCGACAGCCGUGUUCAAAGAGCUGCAAGGUAAAGUGGGCAAAGCAACAGCAGAAGGCCGCUUCAACUCCUACCCUCGAGUAGUAGGCGAAACCGGCGGCAAAAACUUCCACCUCGUAACCGAAUCCGCCGACGUCAAAAGCGCAGCCCUCAACACCCUCCGCGCAGCAUUCGAAUACCAAGGACAAAAAUGCUCUGCCUGCUCCCGCGUCUACGUCGCUGAAUCCAUCUGGCCCGAAUUCAAAUCCCACAUUCAACACCACACUUCCCAACUCCGCGUCGGUCCCCCAGAAGACUACAGCGCCUUCGUCAACGCCGUCAUCCACGAACGUUCCUUCAACAAACUCUCCUCUGUCAUUCAUGACGCCAAAUCCGACCCCGAACUCCACCUUCUCGCAGGCGGCAUCGUAGACAAUUCCUCAGGCUUCUACAUCCAUCCCACAAUCUACCAAACUACAAAUCCUACUCACCCCCUCAUGUCCACCGAACUCUUCGGCCCCAUCUUCUGCAUCUACGUCUACCCCGACGAAAAACUCGACGAAACUCUUCAUCUCAUCAAUUCCACUUCUCGCUACGCUCUCACCGGAUCUGUUUUCGCUCACGAUCCGAUGAUUUCGCGUAAAGUACAAAAUGCGCUCAAGCACGCUGCAGGCAACUUUUACGUGAAUACGAAAUGUACGGGUUCGGUCGUCGGGCAGCAGCCGUUUGGGGGAAUGAGAGAUAGUGGAACGAAUGAUAAGUCGGGCACGAUGGGCAUGUUGAUGAGGUUUGCGAGUGUGAGGACUAUUAAAGAGGAGUUUGCGUCGUUGGAGGAGGUAGGAUAUCCUUCUAAUGAAGUUUGAUAGUUUUUUGGGGGGAAGUAAAAGUAGCUCCCCUACAAAAGCAAGCCAGCUGCAGCAAUAUUGCAUUUUUGUUUUUUCAGCUCAGCCAAAAAAUUGCUUCAAAUAUGUUUCAUCGGUAGCAGUAGAAAACACACUACCCUCAUAUUGCCACGAGGGUACAUGACUCGGAACAACUUCCCCAAUCUUCCCCGAAAAACUCGGAUCAAUCAAAACAAGUCUCCCCCUCCCAUCUCUCAUAACAUUACUCGGAUUCAAAUCCCCAUGCGAAAAACCACACUCAUGCAAACGAUCCACAAUCUCCCUCAACUCUUCUUUAACAGCCCCCAAAGCCUUAAAAUCCAGCGAAAAGAGUUUUUCCAUACGAUAGCCAAAUAUCCCCCCCUCCAAAUCCACCAAUGGCACAGGAUCGAAUUCCGGCACAGGAAUUUCACAACGCUUCAUCUCUUUCAGCAUGGCAAUUUCGUACUGCACACGAGCUCGCGAGAUUUGACGAGGCAGCGCAAUUUUGACGAUCGGCAGGAGCUCGGUAUCACUAUGGGUGCAUCGAAUACAUCCGUCUACACCGUAAUUGAUCAACGUCGAAGUAGCGAAAAGUUCGGCUAUUGGAGGGCUGAGGGGUACGGGUUCGUAUGUUGUGCCCUCUUGUAGAGAGGGAAAAUUGGUAAGG